AGCUCCUCCCACAGAGGUAAAUAAACAGAUAAACUGYUAUGGUGGGUACCGAGAUUAUAUGACUUGACACAAGUAAAGGAUCCUUCAUCAUGGAACAAGACCUUACCAGAAGAACAGAAAAAAAUGAGGAGCAAAGAGAAGGGAAUGACUCAAGCAAAAACACACUUGAUGGAUAUAAAAUACCUUCUCAUUCUCAUCUGUCUUCCUUAGUGAGGAAAGAAAUUCAACAAAGCUCAUGGUGGGAACUUUAUGGGUUUGACAUCUCCAUCGCUGUUGUAGCUCUUGCCUUUGUUCCUGUUGGCUACAAGUUAAUUGGACAAGGGAGCACUCUUCUCUUUAUUCUUGGAUUCCUGCUCCURGCCUACAUUCACUCUGUUCUCACAGUCAAAGUGGCCCAUGCUGCAGUGCAYAAUAGCUUUAYRGGAUCUUCCAAGUUCUUGAACAARAUUGUCAGCAUCUUUGUUAUUGAGUUUUGGGGUGGUUUCACUGAAGCUGGAAGCUACGAAUCACACAUUCAGUAUCAUCACCCAUACACAAACGUGAUUGGUCUGGGAGAUUCUAGUUCAUGGAAAGUUCCUCAGCUUGAUCGCUACUCYUACUUGUUCUUUGCACCUAUUUUCCUACAYAUGUCAUAUCCAUUUGUUGCUGUAAACAUGCUUAAUGGAAAGCCGUUCGCUAUGAUCCGUAUGUUUGUAUUGGUAUCGUUAGGCUAUCUCUUCCAGUUGUAUCUCUUUCUUCAUGUCUCAGGUCUCUCACUGAAGGCUUCCUUGCUGUGCAUUUUUUUUGUAAGAUCUGUAUUUGCUAUUCCUUACAUCCAUGUCAACAUAUUUCAACACAUUGGYCUUCCAAUGUAUGACCCAAAGAAGAAACCUGACAAUAGACUUCAGCAAAUGGCACACUCUGUAUUGAACCUGCCUUCAAAUCCAUUGCUGGACUACAAUUUUGGUGUGAGCAUCACYAGUUGCCAUAUYGAGCAYCACCUGUUUCCACGCCUAUCUGACAACAUGUGUCUGAAGGUGAARCCAAUUGUAAGAAGCUACUUAAAAAGCCAUGGAUUUCCAUACAACGAGGAUACUUAUAAAAACAGGCUGCUGAUGUUCUUCAAUCAAUAUGAAGAGCUUAUGGUUCAUGCACCUCCAAUYACUGAACUGAUAGGAAUACAGUAACACUUUUUGCCUGCAAAAAAAAACAAGAUUGUUUUUUAAUUCCUGGAAAAUUGGCCAGAUUGAUUGGAAGGUUAUUAUGGUUAAAUUCACAUCCUUUUUAAAGUCAAUAAAAGUAAAUUAUAUAUACCAGAAUGACAGCAUUCAAGUUUCAAUAUGUUUGGAUGCUUUUGAUAACUACAGUUAAUAAGUGAUAUUGAAAUGAUUAUUUAUAAAUAUAUCUAAGAAUUUUAUAAACAGGAAGCCUUURAAAUUUGAUUUGUGAAAUAAUUAUACUGUAAGCCACUAUUUAUUAUAAUUUAAAAUAAAAUGGACACUGAUAUAUUAAUGUGUGCAGGUCAUUCUUGAUUUAUUUACAUUUUUUGUAAAUACCUUGCACCCCACAAAAAUUUCAGAAUUAUGUACACUUUCAUUGUCUUGCAAUGAAUGKGCUCACACAAUAUAGUGGCAAUUACCAUAUCAAAAAAAAUCACCCCAAUUCCUCCCCAAAAAAGAAAAAAAAUAGGAACAACUGCCAUUUUGGACUCAAGAGCAAGAACAGUUAUAAAGGAGGAAUGCUUUCCUAGCAUGUCAGCAGAACUGGACAUAACAUACCUGGAUAUAAGACUCAGGAAUAGACUGGAAAAGUGUAUAAUGGAUAUAUUAACAAUAUUAAUCUUUAGGCCUUUUUUGACCCACUGAAUAAAUCAUGUCACAUGGACCAAUCUCUUCCCUUUUCGGUUCCUUUUGUACACUAUUUCUCCAUAAAAAGCUGUUCUCUUACGAAAAUCUGUUACGAAACUC